AUGGCUUUCUACCCCACGGCCUCAUUGAGAGGAAAAUCCCUCGCAAUAAUAGUCCUGAAAUUCUGCCUUUGUAAUUUGUAUUCACAGGAAGGCUACGGCUACUACUCGAAAGGAGAUCACUAUUAUGUAAAGGCAUUGAUGGAGAAAACAAGAAGUAUGAAGAAGAUUCGGCCUCCAACUUAUGGGAAUCUUAUUACAAUUCUCAGUAUUGAUGGAGGAGGAGUUAAAGGGAUCAUCCCUGGAGUUAUCCUCUCAUACUUAGAAUCACAACUUCAGGAGCUAGAUGGUCCAGACUCGAGGCUCGCAGAUUAUUUUGAUGUGAUUGCAGGAACGAGCACAGGUGGUCUCAUAACGGCCAUGGUGACUGCACCAAAUGAAAACAAUCGACCUUUAUAUGCUGCAAAUGAAAUAGUUCCUUUUUAUUUUCAGCACUCGACUAAUAUUUUCCCCCAAACAAGAGGACCACUUGCCGGGAUCAUAAAGUUAUUCAAGUCUUUAACUGGACCUCAAUAUAAUGGGAAGUUUCUUCACAAGCUGCUAAGGGGCACACUAAGGUGCACAAGGUUGCACCAGACUUUGACUAAUGUUGUUAUUCCAGCUUUUGACAUCAAACAUCUCCAUCCUACUAUCUUUAGCUCAUACGAGGUGACGAGCAACCCUCUCAAGGACGCUAUGCUAUCAGACAUAUGCAUCGGCACGUCGGCUGCGCCAAUUUUUUUUCCUGCCUAUUAUUUCAAGAACACAGAUGCACAAGGGAAUGAAAGUGAAUUCAACCUCAUUGAUGGUGGUGUGGCUGCUAGUAACCCGACUUUGGUUGCCAUCAGCGAAGUAACCAAACAAGUGCUGAAGGAGAACCCAGACUUGUUUCCAAUCAAGCCCUUGGACUAUGGUCGUUACUUGGUGAUCUCAAUUGGAACGGGCACCACAAAAGAUGAACAGAGAUACAAUGCAAAAAUGGCUUCCAAGUGGGGACUUCUAAGCUGGUCUUUUAAAGGUGGAUCACCUCCAUUAGUAGAUGCUUUUAAUGAAGCAAGUGCUGAUAUGGUUGAUUUCCACAACUGUGUGGUUUUUGAGGCACUUCGUUCACAAGAUAACUAUCUUCGAAUCCAAAACACAGAUGCACAAGGGAAUGAAAGUGAAUUCAACCUCAUUGAUGGUGGUGUGGCUGCUAGUAACCCGACUUUGGUUGCCAUCAGCGAAGUAACCAAACAAGUGCUGAAGGAGAACCCAGACUUGUUUCCAAUCAAGCCCUUGGACUAUGGUCGUUACUUGGUGAUCUCAAUUGGAACGGGCACCACAAAAGAUGAACAGAGAUACAAUGCAAAAAUGGCUUCCAAGUGGGGACUUCUAAGCUGGUCUUUUAAAGGUGGAUCACCUCCAUUAGUAGAUGCUUUUAAUGAAGCAAGUGCUGAUAUGGUUGAUUUCCACAACUGUGUGGUUUUUGAGGCACUUCGUUCACAAGAUAACUAUCUUCGAAUCCAAGAUGACACCUUAACCGGGACUGUAUCCUCUAUAGAUGUGUCUACAAAAGAGAAUCUGGAAAAUCUUGUAAAAGUUGGUGAAGAACUAUUGAAGAAACCAAUCUCUCGUGUGAAUCUAGACACCGGUCGGUAUGAACCAGUUGAAAAUGGUGGAACCAAUAUGGAAGGACUCAACAAGUAUAAAUAA